CCGGCGAGAUCCCCGAGCCCCGGCGGCUGGUGCUGGGAGCCCGGAGCCCGGAGCCCGGGCUGCAGCCGGGAGAGGGGAAUCUCCAGCAGGGCCCUUCCCGCUGCUCCCCAGGAGCCUCUCCCAGGGCAGAGCCCCCAGCCCGGCCAGGCCCCUUCCCGGCCCGGCCCCUGCCCCAGGGGGCCCCGCUCGGAGGGAAGGGCCGUGUCCUUAAAGGCCCAGUGCAUCGCAGAACCCGGACAGGGCCGCUCCCCCCUGUAUAAGAUGUUACUGAGCUGCUAAAGGAGACUUGAUCCAAUGAAAUAUUUACAGACACCCCCACAAAGAUCUCACUGUCACACCUGCUUCGAAUGUUUAAAGAAUCCAGGUCUCAGUUCCUGUGUCUGUGUAAAGCCGCCCAGCGCUUCACCAGUGUGUCCCAGCCACUGUCCCUGUUCCCCGAGUUUCACUCCUCUUGGAAUCCAGUCUGGGCAGUUUCACUCCUGCACAUUAGUUCCUUCUGAAAAUAUUCUUUUUAUUACUCUGAGCUCUUCAUCCUAAGCUUCAUCAGCGUUGUGCGGAGGGACGUCAAUCUGCCAUGGAAUUCAUAUUUGUAAUGGCAAAUCAUCAUGGGAAAUAUGAAUAGUUGCGAGUAGCUUCAGCAAUCGCAUCUCCCGGGGACACUGUAACAGUUCCUGUUUCUAUUGUAAUGUUGUAAUUUGAGGGCAGUGCUGACUGAUUUCACGGGCUGGUCUCAAACCUCAUCAAACAAAUGAAGUGAGCUUAAUAUGUUUUUGUUACACCUGCCAGACUGCGUCACACCUUUGUGAGCAUCGCAGUCACAGACUCACCAAUAUGACCAUCCCCAUGUACGACGGGGUAACAGACAAUGCCAUCUGUCCAAGUUACAUUUCCCUGGCAGUGCCUAGUUACAAGGCAAAUAUCCACACACACGCCCUCCCUUCCUGAGCACACAUUGCUCCCAGUUUACGUUGGAUUUAUUAAAAAAAGAGAAAUAACAAUGAGGAGUCCUUGUGGCAACUUAGAGACUAACACAUUUAUUUGGGGAUAAGCUUUCGUGGUUCUAGCCCAUGAAAUAAGUUUGUUAGUCUCUAAAGUGCCACAAGGACUCCUGGUUGUUUUUGCUGAUACAGACUAAAACGGCUUGUAAAAGCAAAGUCAAGUGGGCCUAAACUCUUGUCAAGGUAACUGUGUCUGUGAUAAAAGGACAGGAGGGGUGAUGAGGAAGCUCAGAGAAAUGCAAUUGCAACAGCUAACCGUAAGGAAGCCGCUAACCACAGAAGGAAAAAAACACACCUGUUUGGACUAGAAAAUCUUUUUGCUGUGUUACUAACAAGGAAGCAUUAAUGAGCAAGUGUGCUCAUCUGGAUGUUGCUAUAGAUCUAUAUAAGCUUCUGUGUUCUUUUUUUCUUUGUGGAACAGCUCGGAGCGUUGCUUCUCAGCUGUCUCUCCCUGCAUGCUUGUAUUAUAAUAAAGGAGCCGCCGGCUGUUCUGAUCUAAACACAAUGCGUGGUUAAUUUCCAUGACAAUUUCUUGUGCCAUGACUCGGAUCCAUGGUAUACCGCCGAACCGGAGGACCGCGGACCGUUCCCCACCGGACCCGGGCGCCAUCUGAAAGGCGGAGGAAUCACGUCCACAUUUCACUCCAGAUCGUCUCGUCUGCCAGGAGACAGGGAAGGGAAAUGGCUGUGAUGGAGCCAGCUCAGUUACGGCUAUUUGUGGCUGCCGUGGGGGAGACCUUGAAGUGGCUGGUGAGCACCGUGCAGGAGAUGCAGCAGGCCCAGCAGGCGGACAGACAGGCGCUGAUGACAUGGCAGGCGGACCAACAACGGGCCCUUCAGGAGUUCAUCGGGGAGCAGUCGGCAGCCCAGCAGCAGAUGCUACAGAGGGUGAUGCCGGUGACCUUCGAGGAUGUGGCUGUGUAUUUCACCCAGGGGCAGUGGGCUCUGCUGGACCCCACUCAGAGAGCCCUCUACAGGGACGUCAUGCAGGAGAAUUAUGAGAUGGUGACCUCGCUGGGAUUUCCCAUUCCCAAACCUGAACUGAUCACCUGGCUGGAACGAGGGGAAGAGCCGUGGGUGCCCGAUCUCCAGGUCUGCGAGGAAAGAGAGAUCCCGAGAGGCGCCCACACAGGGUUGGAAUUGGCAACUCCCUCGCUGGUUCCUCUGAAGAAGAACCUCAGCGCUGUAGUGGUGUCUGAAAAACACAACCUGAAGCCGAUGCCGAUGAAGAGGCAGAGCACGUCCGCCCCCUCUGGAGACAAUCCACCAGUAGAGAAGAAAUACAAACCUCUGAACACCACCCCCAACAGCACCAAGGAAAUCAAAGUCAAGAUCAUCCCCGUGCAACCAAUGGAGGGCUUGGGCUUCCCCGAUGCCCUUAACUCUGCCCCCAUCCCGGGGAUCAAGAUCGAAAAGAAAAAGAACGUCUUGUCUCCUACAGCAGCCAAGGCGAGCCCCUUUGAAGGGAAGCCAGCCCCAGAAGCGAGCGCUGCUAAACCAUCCUCACCAGAACCCGCUACUGCAUCUGAGCUGAUGGAGGUGGAUCGGCCCGGUACCCCUGUGCCGGCAGUAGAGGUCCCAGAGCUGAUGGAGACCGCCUCGUCCGAGCAGAACUCAGACACCAAGCCGUCCGAGAGCGCCGCUGACUCCACGCGGCUCACCAAGAAGGGUAAGAAGAAGACAGUGAGCUGGCCUGAAGAGAGCAAGCUGCGGGAGUACUUCUACUUCGAGCUGGAUGAUACUGAGCGAGUCAACCUGAACAAGAUCAAGGACUUUGGCGAGGCAGCCAAGCGGGAGAUGCUGAAGGACCGGCAAGCCUUCGAGACGGCGCGCCGGCUCAGCCACAGUGCCAUGGAAAAUGAAGUGCCCUGGGUUUACCCCAAGCUCAUCGACCUGCCUAGCUCCCUGGUGCAGCCGGGCAGCGGCAGCCACGAGAAGUUCACCCAGGCCAAGAGGGAGAAGGGCAUCCUGCCGGAGAUCUUCCUCUUCAAGGAGUGCAUUCCAGAUAGUCCCCACGAACCCGACCCAGAGUCUUACGAACCCCUGCCGCCCAAACUCAUCCCGCUCGACAAGGAAUGCACCAUGGACGAGGCCGCUCACCAGGAAGGACUCGACCCGGCCACCAUCUCGCAGUCUCCCGACGAAGCCGGGGCCUCCAAGCUGCCCCCAGUGCUGGCCAACCUGAUGCCAGCCCCCACUCCCCCCCAGAGCCCUCAGGGCCAGGGCCGGCUCCAGCAUUUUUGCCACCCCAAGCCAAAAAAAAAAAAAAAAAAAAGCCGCAAUCGGCGGCGGCAGUUCAGGAAACAAAACAAAACAAAAGCCGCGAUCGUGAUCGGCGGCGACAAUUCCUUCAUUCCGAGCGGGAGUGAGGGACCUGCUGCCCCCGAAUUGCCGCACGUGCCGCCCCUUUCCCUUGGCCGCCCCAAGCAGCUGCUUGUUAAGCUGGUGCCUGGAGCCGGCCCUGCUCAGGGCCCCAACCCCAGCUCCUCCAUGAACGUGCAGGAGAUCCUCUCCUCCAUCAUGCGCGGGCCCAACAACCACAAGACGGAGGAGCUAAUGAAGCAGCCGGAUUACUCGGACAAGAUCAAACACUUGCUUGGCAACCUCCAGCCACAGCCCCUGGGGCCCUCAGGAGUACCCCAUGGGCUGCUGGGCCCAGGGCUCCUCGCCAAUGGAUUCCCACCUGGACCAAAGAACAUGCAGCAUUUCCCUCCUGAGGGGCCAGGACCCAUGCCUGGUCCUCAUGGUGGCCCUGGGGGUCCCAACAUGCCCCCAGGUCCCGGCAUGCCUGGUGGGCCCAGGAUGAUGGGCCCUCCCUCUCCCCAGAAAGGCGAGUUCUGGGAUCCCCCUGAUGGCGGAAUGCGAGGAAACCCCCAGGGGGGUAUGCGAGGGGGUGGCCCCAGCCCAGGGCCCGGCCCAGGCCCUUUCCACCGGGGGCGAGGUGGGGAGCCCCCCUUCCAGGGUCAUGAUGGAGGCUACAGAAAAGACAUGUCAAGCCGCCCCGUGUGUCGCCACUUCAAGUUGAAAGGCAGCUGCAGGUACGAGAACAACUGUGCCUUCUACCAUCCUGGAGUGAACGGGCCGCCCCUGCCAUAGCGCCCGGGGCCCUCCCCCCAGCCCGCCGACGUCCUGUGAAACCGCCCAACACAGCCGCCCCCGCUUCACGGACUCUGGGGUGCCAGCUGUCGGACUUGGGCUGCGGCCACCACAUAUGGCUUCUGUGAGGCCUUGUAACACCCAGGGGGGGGAAGGAGCAACCCCCCCUGACGGCUGCUGCGACUGAGAAACCACUGCGCGGGGAAUUCCCCCUGCCACUCCGCUCCCUCCUGUGUUUUAACAUGAUGGUGGCGCUGAUGGGACAUGACUCCGCGCCCCCCCAGUGACUUUUUGCAAGCACAAGAGCAGCCGCCUGCUCUGGGACCUGGGGAUGAGGGGGGCAAAGCGGGUUGUUAACACUGUGUAUAUCUCUGUGGAGCCAGCAAAGGUGUAAAGGGGGGGGUUGCCUGGCUGCCCUACCCGGCUCCGGGCUGCGAUCUGUCCGCAGGUUCGCCUGCUGCAGACCUACUCUGAAGACAUUGUGCCUGGGGAGCCUUGGCCCUGGGGAGCAGCCGGCCACACUGCUCGGCUCCCCCAGAAAUACUGCCCUCCUCGGGCACGUGGUCCGGAGACUUCUCCCUCCAUCUGGCAGCAGCAGGAUACCAGUCCUUCGGUUGGGGAGGAGAGGGGUCCCUUAACCACUGCCCCCCACCCACUGAGCAAAGGGGGUGCUUGUUAACUCCACCCCCUCAAUGGGGUCAUUGUAGAUAAAUCUCUGCAUUAAGCAUCUUCACAUAACUUUCAUAUGACUUUUUGUAUUAUGUCUCUUCAUAUAACCUUGUAUUAAGCCUAUCCACAUAUAACCUCUAUUUUCAUACAACUUUGUAUGAAGUCCUUUGAUCUAGGAACUUUGUAUCAGAUCUGUGGGAGAAAACAAACCUUCACUCUGCAUUUGUAAGCAACAAGGCAGAGACAGUUUAUUCAAGCAAUUGGAAGGGAAGAUUGCAGUUGGACAGGGGGGUCCC